CGCGGCCGCGAAGAAGGCGGUCGUCGCGGCAUCGUCGGAGCCGAUGUGGAAGAAAGCCAUCGGGUGGGUCCUCCACCUCGACAAGCACCUCGCCGGGAUGUUCGCGUCGUACGGCACGAUCGCGUACGCGAUCCUCUUCGCGAUCGUCUUCUGCGAGACCGGUCUGGUCGUCACGCCGUUCCUGCCGGGGGACUCGCUUCUCUUCGCGACCGGAGCCCUCGGCGCGUCCGGGGCGUUGAACUUCCCGCUCACGAUGGCGAUGCUGUUCUCCGCCGCCGUGCUCGGCGACGCGGUCAACUACGGCGUCGGGAACUGGGCGGGGGCGAACUUCAUGGUGAAGUACCCGAAGGUGUUUAAGAAAGAGUACGUCGAGAAGACGAAGAAGUUUUACGAAAAGUACGGCGGGAAAACGGUCGUCAUGGCGCGGUUUUUUCCAAUCGUCCGAACCUUCGCGCCGUUCGUCGCCGGCGUCGCGAACAUGACGUACGCGACGUUUUUCACGUACAACGUCAUGGGCGCCGCGGUGUGGAUAUGCAGUUUCAUGUCCAUGGGGUACUUCUUCGGGCAGAUACCCGCGGUGCAGGAAAACUUCGCGCUGACCGUGAUCGGGAUCAUCGUCUUAUCCUUGGUGCCGGUGAUCGUCGAGAUCAUAAACGCGAAGAAGGAGGAGAGCGAGAGCGAGAGCGAGGGAGGCGAAGCCGCGGCGGCGCAGUGAGCCCGCGCGCGCGUCGUGAACUCUCCGCCGAGCGCGGCGCAUCGCGUUGAUUUCGAUGAAUGAAUGAAUGAGCUAUCGUGCGA